CAAGUCAAAAGCCAGACUCGGGCUAGGGAUCUCUCUUCUGCGCUUCGAGAAAGUUUCUGCCGCCCGACAGCUGGGCGCUGGCUCGCCCGCUUCCACCGACCAGACCGGGCUAGCUCAGGCGUGGAGCUGCUCGCCUCCGCCCUCCGCCGCCGCGCCGGGACCGGCGAUGAACGGCGGGCUCCCUGGAUUCCACAAUGCGCCAGCGUCGAGGGCCGUGGUCGUCGCCGCAGUUCUCUUCUCCGUCCCCUUCGGCUUCCGCGGUCGCUCCCACAACCUCGGCCUGUCCUACCAGAGUAUUUAUGAAAAGCUGAGUAUCUGGAGGCUGGUCACCUCAUUGUUUGCUUUCUCGUCAACCCCCGAGCUGAUCUUUGGAGCGGCCCUGCUAUACUACUUUAGGGUGUUUGAACGGCAAAUAGGUUCUAACAAGUAUGCUGUCUUCAUCAUCUUCUCGACUAUGGUGUCUGUACUGCUUCAGAUCCUUGCUUUAGGUUACAUGAAAGAUCCUUCUCUAAAUCCAUUGACGUCAGGACCAUAUGGCCUCAUCUUUGCAUCUUAUGUGCCAUUCUUCUUUGACAUUCCUGUCUCAAUGAAGUUCCGCAUAUUUGGACUGAGCUUAAGUGAUAAGUCGUUUGUAUAUUUGGCAGGACUCCAGCUUCUUUUUUCAUCUGGAAGACGUUCUGUUGUACCUGGACUUUCUGGCAUACUGGCUGGGCUUUUGUAUCGCUUGAAUACAUUUGGCAUCCGUAGAUUGAAGUUCCCAGAGUUUGCAAUAUCGCUCUUCUCGCAGUUGUCAUGGCCCUUUUCUAACAAUCCAUAUCAAGGGUUACCGACCACAGAAAAUAAUGGAAGUGUCCCUUCUCACCAGGCACAUCAAAUUGAGGAUGCACGCACAGCUAUCCAAGAUCCCACGGAAUCUUCUAUUACUGCACUCGUGUCUAUGGGCUUUGAUCGCAGUGCAGCAAUUCAGGCACUUGCAUUGACCAACUACGAUGUCAAUUUGGCCUCAAACAUUCUGCUUGAAGCACAAGCUCUACAGCCAUGAUACCCUGGCAUCGAGACAAAAGAUGGACGGAUGCUCUGUACAUUAAUGAGAGUUUAGUGUUUGAUACUUUGAUUCAUUAUUCUGUUCUAGAUUUUAUCACAGGAUUCCUUGUUGAAACAAGCCAUUGUGGCAUUGUAUAUGAACAGCUAUCAGAACGAAAGACAACUUAUGAGAUUUCUGUAUAUCCUGAAUGGU